CGUGGGGCUUGAGGUCGAGAGGCUCCCGUGCCGCUACCAACAUGGAGACUUUGUACCGGGUCCCGUUCUUAGUGCUCAAAUCCCCCAACCUGAAGCUGAAGAAGCCGCCCUGGGUGCAUAUGCCGUCGGCCAUGACGGUGUACGCUCUGGUGGUGGUGUCUUACUUCCUCAUUACCGGAGGAAUAAUUUAUGAUGUUAUUGUUGAACCCCCAAGUGUUGGCUCUAUGACGGAUGAACAUGGACAUCAGAGACCAGUAGCCUUCUUGGCCUACAGAGUAAAUGGACAAUAUAUUAUGGAAGGACUUGCAUCCAGCUUCCUGUUCACAAUGGGAGGUUUAGGUUUCAUAAUCCUGGACCGAUCAAAUGCACCAAACAUUCCAAAACUCAAUAGAUUUCUUCUUCUAUUCACUGGAUUCGUCUGUGUCCUAUUGAGUUUUUUCAUGGCUAGAGUAUUCAUGAGAAUGAAACUGCCGGGAUAUCUGAUGGGUUAAAAUGCCUUUUGAGAAGAAAUCUAUGGAUACUGGAUUUGCUCCUGCUAAUGAAGUUUUAAAGGCUGUACCAAUCUUCUGAUGUGAACUAUAGAAAAGAAUGAAGCAGCAGAAAAGAAGCAUCUAGUGAAAACAUAGGAAGCGUGUGAAAGCUUGAACUAGAAUGUCUUGGUAUCAAAGAGACAAGCUUAUCACAGUAUUUUUCCUGCUGGCCUAUGCCGACGUACCAACGAUGUGAAGUGGCAUUUACUUCUUAGUUUUUCAUUUCUUAGAGAAAAUAUACUCCAUUUCUACAACUAUAAUACUGAAUAAAGUGAUCAUUUUUUACAGCCCCCUUAA